AUGAUGGAAAUGAAAGUUUUGUAGAUAUAAAUGCUCCAUGAACAGCUUAUACAAGUUGAAGAUUUAAACAUGGAGAUACUAUUUUGUAAUCAAAGUAUAGCUACUAGUUGUGGAUAUACACUUACUAGUACUGAUGAUACGUAAAAUUAGAAUUAUUAUAAUUAAAUUUCUACAAAAUCAGGUGAUUUAUAGAGAUAUACUACAGCUUUACAGGUUCAUGUUCAGCUAGAGUAAUCUAAGGGUGAAUUUCUUAAACAAUAUCUUAUGUAAAAAUUACAAUAGAACAACUUUAUAUAAAUUAAAUUGAGCGUACUUAUUUUGUUACACUACUUUGAGUUAAUGUUCAUCAUACACAAUUCGAACUGGUGCUAAAGAGAAACUUAUAUAGUGCAAUGAAAUGUUCAUAAUUGCAGUUACUCCAACUAAAUGUUCAUUUGAUGCAGAUGUAAGCACAAAAAAAUGUUCUAAUAUAGGCACUUGUGAAGAGUUCAUUCACUUGCCAACACUUCAUUAAAUAUUUAUUUCUAAAUUUAAUUGAUGAUUGUUACUCACUUGGCUGUCCAAAACCUUAACUAUUAGUUGAAGAUAUUUGGUAAUAACUUUAAGAUAUAAUUGAUCACACAACUAAAAGAAUUUUUAUUAUAUUACUUUACAUCGCAAAAUAAUUAUAUUAUUUCAUCUUUAAGACUUAUGUCAAUUCAAUAAAUUAUAUUCCAUUGAAGAAUUAUUAGUUAAGUACUUAAAUAGUUAAUAAUUGUCACAUCAUUGGAAAGUAAAAGAAAAUAGUUAUAAUUAUUAUGAAACUUCAUAAAUCUCUCCAACUUGAAAGUGAGUAAAACAAUAAAUGUAAUUUUAGUUUAGGAUAUUGGAUGAUUGUCGAAAUUGAUAAAUGA